ACGAUGCCGCCCCUGAGUGGUCGAGGCCGGGCCCAACGGCUUCCUGUUCCUGACUAGCGAAGCAAACCACUAUCAGCCGACCGGGUCUUGUCUCUCCUUGGACAAAACCGUCACUGAAACGCGCCUCAAUCUCAGACUUGGCCAGGCUCAAAAUGAGAGGUCUGAAGAUCUUCACGCUCCUUUCCUGUCACCGUCUUCCCUUUUCCUUCUUCACCACUCGCUUCUUCGUCUGCUAAGGUGCUCUCUGCCGUCGACGGGCUGCGCCGCUUCACUCCUUUUCUUUCUCUGUUGGCUGCAUCCAGCAAUUGUCGCUCAUUAUCUUUUUUUUUUUUAAAUCCACGCCCUGAGCAUUGUCGCAAAGUCGCUCCUUGCCCUCUCAUCCUCGACGGCAGUGCCGCUUCCCAGCUUUUGCCCUCGAUCCAGCCACAAGUCAACCGUCACAAUGGCCGCUCGAAUCCUUCUGGCAGCAAUGACUGUCUUUGCUGCCGUCCAACACGCCGUGGCUCAGACUUGGACAUACUGUAACCCUUUGAACAAGACGUGCCCUCCCGAUCCCGCCCUGGGUGGCUUUGCCAGCUUCGACAUGACGCAGAAGGUCGAUCCAGCCGUGUGGAACACCACAGCCGGGCCCAUGAGCUACACGAGCAACGGCGCAGAGUUUACAAUCAGCGAACGAGGGCAGUCCCCGACGAUCCAAUCGCAAUUCUACAUCAUGUUCGGAAGCGUGUCCGUGAUUCUGAAAGCUGCAUCGGGAACCGGCAUUAUCAGCAGCAUCGUGCUGGAGUCCGACGAUCUAGACGAAAUCGAUUGGGAAUGGAUGGGCGGCAACACCACCCACGUCGAGACCAACUUUUUCGGCAAGGGCAACACCACCACGUACAAUCGUGCAAUCUACUAUCCCGUCGACGAUCCGCAGAACAGCUGGCAUAACUACACCGUCCACUGGACGGCCGAGCAACUUCAAUGGUGGAUUGACGGCCAGAUGGUCAGGUCGCUGGAUUAUGAUGGCAAUGGUACUCUCAACGGCUACAAUUAUCCACAGACCCCCAUGACCGUCAGAUUGGGUAUCUGGGCAGGUGGUGACCCCAAGCAGCCCGAGGGUGUGAUCCAAUGGGCUGGCGGCAUCACCGACUACAAGGACAUAUACACGAUGAUGGUCAAGUCGGUCAAUGUUACCGACUUUAGCACCGGCAAGCAGUACACAUACUCCGACAUGUCAGGCUCAUGGCAGUCUAUCAAAGCCACUGCCGGCAAUUCAACUAUCCUCAACGAAAUCUACCAAAAGCAUGGCGUCACCGGCCUGUGGGACAGGUUGACCACUGGUGCCAAAUCUGGUAUCGUAAUCGGUGCCAUCUCGGCCGCUGGCGUGCUCUUGGCUGCCCUGCUCGUGUGCUGUGUUGUCCAGGCGCGCAAGGGCAAGAAGGAGAAGGCCAUCGCUGAUGCGCAGUGGGAGAAGGAACAGGCGGAGUUCAAUGAGUACAGAAUGCAGAUGUUGAACGGCGGCUUCUCGAAGAGCGCCAAUACGGUACCACAACAUACCUCUUAUGCUCAAGGACCUACCGGCAAAUUCUAGUCGCCUUCGAAUGUCUUUUUUCCCCUCCAUCUUGAAAACGUUCAUCGUUCAAGCACGUGUACUCUGGCUCUGACUGCUCGGCGUUGAGGAUAGUGGGACGAUGGUAUUGGUCAUGAAAUUUUGUUUUCUGCUUAGAUCUGGGUUCGGGAUGCUGGUCAUGUCGGGACAUCUGGAAGUGUAUGAGAUAGGCACAGAUACCCGCUUUGUGUGUAGAAGCGUAAAAGACUAAACAAGUAAAGCACCCUUUUGUCGCAAUGUCUACAAGACCAGCUGAUCGAUUUUACACGACGGCUCAAACCCUUCGACCAAUUCGGAGAGUAUCUUCCCCGUCCCCAGAGAGAGGGCUAUGCCCCAUGGACCGUGACCAGCAGAGA